GGGAUCUCCAAUCUCUAAUUUCCCAGUCUAUUUCGUUACCUUCCGUUCCAACUAUUGUGAUUUUUUGCUGUGUGUCGUGUGCGUUUUUGUCUUCAUUACAUUUCUUGAACUCCAACCGUUGACGGUCACGAAUCCGAUUUUCCUAAUUAGUACCUUCUAUUGUAUGGUUUUCUUCUGUAAAACACAAUAGGCUCGGCUCUCAACUCAACCCACGUGUCGCCGGCUCAGCCGCGCUUUAACAAAUCGACUGCCAUGCCAGUUUGUCCUGGGUACGCUUUGCGAUCGCCCUCGCCGGCUUCAAUAUCCGGCUGAAGACAUAAAUAUCGCGAUCGUUGGCUUCGUCGCCGCCGCCGCUGAUUUCACGUCAUGACUUCUCCCUCUCCUCCACGAACUGGCACUGGCACUGGCACCUAUCACGACUCCCCACGGACCUAUGAUUCAGGUCGUACUUUGAGCAGCUCCGUCGCGGGCAGGUCUGCCCGUCUACGCCCCCCUCGAUCCCUCCCACCCUGGAUUGAUUCAUGGGACGACAAACAUGGCUCAGUAAGCGACGACCAACUGCGGCUACUCCGGCCUCCCACUCGCGCUGUCCCACCACAACAUAACUCGUCACCAAGUGACCCCAAAAGACGAAUCUCUAAAGAUGGCUUCGUCGAUCCGCAAGAUCCUCUUGCUGGCCAAGGCCAGGAAACGAGAGGCAAGAUUCCCCAUUUUAUGCGCUACGGCCGCGCCUCGAUGCGUGGCAGGAAAUGGGACCAUCUGAGAUCCGCAGAACCCGUCAUUGUGCCAGGACAUAAACCAGCAUUAACCUCGCAGCCGAACAUAGCAUGGCAAGACUUUGUCCAAUCUUCGUCGUGGGGUCGCAUGACUAAUGAGGACUCGAAAGUGGUGGAUGUUGAGGCUCUAAACGACCUACAACCAAAUUUCAACACACCAGCCCGCCACCCUUACGAUGCACAAGAAGCCAGGGUCUCACGGAAGAAGAGGACGCUAGCUCCGUACAAACGUUUAUGGAAUAUAGCUAUUCGGCACUCUCUCGCUCCUCUGAUGUUUAGACUGAGCGUCAUGGUCACUUCUAUCAUUGCCCUUGCUAUUGCGGCGCGGAUCCACCUGCUUGAAGACGUUGAUAGCACAGAUUCAGCUGAGGAGACACAAUCCAUAGUUGCCGUGGCCGUAGACUGCGUGGCUAUUCCAUACAUUGGUUAUAUGAUCUGGGAUGAGUACACGGGCAAGCCUUUGGGGUUAAGAUCUGUUGUCUCCAAGAUCUCUCUCAUCUUGCUAGACCUCUUUUUCAUCAUCUUCAAGUCGGCAAGCACAGCACUUGCGUUCGAGAGCCUUGUCUAUCAUAACUUGUCCGAUACAGCAGUGAGGAGCUUGUCUAAGGCGCUGGCAGCAUUCAUGCUCAUGGGACUGAUUGCUUGGACGAUGAACUUUGCAGUCAACAUAUUCCGCACAGUGGAACGCCUGGGAGGAGGUGAAGAUGAUGGGCUGCAUGGUUAGAAAGGGAAGUGAGGGAUGACUGGAGCAACGGACUCGAUUUGGAAAUUUAGGAUACCCCUUUGAGCAGGGAGUGCUUAUGGCGGGCCGGCUGGAAUAUAUGGAACAUUGAUAUCACGGUAGACCGUGCUUAGCGUUCAUUGCUGCUCUCCUUUCUCUUUAUUAGUAUUACAGACAACCUAUUACACGUGCUAAACAUGCAUGUUUCUUAUAUUCAGGAACAACCUUGGGUUGGGGAAUGAUCCAAAAGAACAAAGCUUAAUUCUGUGUCUGUUGCUGGAA